GAACAAAGGCGUUGAUAGUCCAGUUUACAUCGUCAAGCAGCGCGCGCGCAUUUGCUCCCGCGACACCGUUAACGCGCCAUAUUCGAAUUUCGAAUCGGAGUUCGAUAAAAAGAAUUCAAAAUGAUGCUCGCGGGAGCACAAAUUGUUGACGAGAGUAGUGUAGCACAUAGACCUGAAAAUGAUAAAAUUUAUCCGCUCAAUUCAAGACCUCAACCCGGGACAAGUCCAGAACCAUCUUCCAGAUAUCCUACGCCUUCUGAAGAUGAAAGCCUGGCCCGACGUCCUACCAAGGAGCCGGUUGAUAUCCAGUUCUCUAACAUCACAUGCACAGUAAAACUUGGAAUUAACAAAGGCUACAAACAAAUCCUGCACGGGGUAAAUGGAAGACUACGUCCACGACAGCUCAUCGCAAUCAUGGGUCCUUCCGGAGCGGGGAAGUCCACCUUGCUAGACGUUCUGUCUGGUUACAGAAUCACCGGUAUCGGCGGCGCUGUCUUUAUUAACGGCAGAGGACGAAAUAUGAAGAGAUUCAAACGUAUGUCAUGCUACAUCCAGCAAGACGACCGGCUGCAAGGUCUUCUCACUGUCAGCGAGAAUAUGGCUUUAGCUGCUGACCUCAAACUACCCACCACUCUUGACAAAUAUGAGAAGGGAGAAGCGAUAGAAGACAUCCUCACAAGCCUAGGGCUGUACGAGCACAUGAACACAAGAGCCGCACAACUCUCAGGAGGACAGAGGAAAAGACUCUCUAUUGCACUAGAACUGAUCAACAAUCCUCUUAUAAUGUUUUUGGAUGAACCUACUACAGGUCUUGACAGCUCUUCCUGCACACAAGUUGUCCAACUUUGCCGAAAUCUAGCCCAUCAAGGCCGUACAAUUGUAUGCACUGUCCAUCAACCUUCAGCGUCUCUCUUUGCUCUCUUCGAUCAUGUCUACGUCCUAGCAGCUGGACUAUGUCUUUACCAGGGCACCACAAAUAACCUUGUGCCGUAUUUGGAGCAAGCUGGAGUACCUUGCCCUAUCUAUCACAAUCCCGCUGAUUAUGUAAUCGAAUUAGCAUGUGGAGAAUACGGCGACGAUAAAAUCCAAAUCCUCACAACGAAAUCAGAAAACGGAAGAGCACUCAACUGGUUCGAACACCCCAACUCCAUUCAGUCUAUGGAAGCUUUGAGGAAGCAGUAUCCGCUCAGCUUGCUAAAGGAAGAAGACGCGUACAAAGGUGAUGAGGAAACGUCACAGUCAAACCAAAGAUGCGUACUGAUCAAGAGAGGAUUUUUGAAGGCGAAACGAGACUCGACAAUGACCCAUCUACGUCUGAUAGUGAACGUCGUAGUGGGCAUAAUGCUGGGUAGUUUGUUCAUCAACUCGGGUAACGAGGGGUCAAGAGUAUUAGAAAACUACAAUCUUCUCUUCGCCAUUCUCAUGCACCACAUGAUGUCGCCUAUGAUGCUUACCAUUCUUACUUUUCCAUCGGAGAUGUCAGUACUGUCUAAAGAGCACUUCAACAGAUGGUAUUCGUUGGGUUCCUACUACAUAUCUAUAACAAUAGUCGACUUGCCUGUUUCGAUAGUUUCAUGCUUCAUCUUCAGCGUGAUAAUCUACGUGAUGUCCGGACAGCCGCUGGAUAUCACCAGGUUCUUAAUGUUCUUCGCCAUCUCGUUGUACACCGUGCUCGUCGCGCAAAGCGUCGGCCUGAUGAUUGGCGCUGCCUUUAACGUUGUUAACGGCACGUUUCUUGGCCCGACCAUCUCAGUGCCAAUGAUGAUGUUCGCUGGGUUUGGUGUGACCCUCCGCGACCUGCCCACGUACCUGUACUGGGGGUCAUACGUCUCGUACUUGCGCUAUGGACUGGAAGGCUUCAUUGGCGCUAUUUAUGGACAGGACAGACCAAAUCUUGAGUGUAAUGAAGCUCUUUACUGUCAUUAUAGGUAUCCCCGUCAGUUCCUAGAAGAGAUCGCCAUGUCACCAGAUAUGUUCUGGUGGGACGUUCUAGCCCUCACCGUGACCCUCUUCGUCCUCCGCAUAGCAGCUUUCAUUCUUCUGAAAUGGAAACUUAGCGCCGUUCGAUAAUCUUUCUAGAGUCUUCUACAAUAUUGUGAAACCUCCUAGAACAUGGUGAAACUAUUUAAAAGCUUCUAGUAUUCAUUUCUACACAGACUGGGACGUACAUAAGUAGAUUGAGGGCGCAAAUAAAAGAUGUGUGGUAGUAAAAUUUUUAAAAUUUGUGCAACAUUUUUGGAUGGGAAUAUUAUAUUAAUAAAUAUUAUAGAAAAGUCAAUAUUAUCAAUGGCAAUUAAUACGAUUUGGUCAAAUAUAAUAUAAUAGUAAUUUUAAGAAAUAUGAGAUGUGUUAAUAAGUCACAAAUUGCGCUUUUAAUUUUAUUUUUUUAUAGAUACAGUAGAAACCAUUUAUUGCAACGCCACCUCACAAAAAUACACAGAAAGAAAGAAUAUGUAAUAUAAAACCAAAAAUAAUAUAACAAAACACAAAGAAGGAAACAUCAAAUUUUAAAUAGUCAACACAAGUUGAAUUACUGUCUUAUAUCGACUGUGGUGUAUCCAAAAUGAUCCACUCAGCUAAUGCUACAUAUAAAAAAUCUAAUACGAUAUUACAGGGUUCAAAUAAUGCAGCUGUGAUAUUGCUCCGAUACGGUAUUUAUUUGUAAUUUUAAGACUUGAAUUUCUUGCCCAAAAUAUAUACGUAGUAAAAAAUUUCAAUUUAAGGAUUUUUUAAGAAUUCAAUCCUAUAUUCUUUGAAUUGUUUUUAUUUUAACUCAUCCCUAAUAACCCUAAAAAUUGUAUUUCAAAUGAUAAUGGAGUUUCAUGUUUUACAAAUACCUAUUAGAUUAAGGCAACUUCUAGUGACGUAACUACAUAGUUAUUGAUAGACCACAACAUUACGAAAAUUGGUCUUUCUUUCAAGAUGGCGGGUUCUUGAUAUUAUGGUUGACUCUUUUCAAGUUACUUAGGAUUUAAGAUAAUUUUAGCAUUAAGCAAAAUCGCGCUCUAUGUGAUAUUACACAUAUCAUUUUGUUACUUAAAAACCAGAAAUGAAAGAGGAUAGAUACAAACACAUUAUGUUUACUUAUGAUCCAUCUGAAAACAUUUCUGUGUUAAAGUUAGUUUAUACGCGUAUGCAGUAAAGCGGGAUUUCACUUUCUCGCAUGUUGGACAGUAGUGAAGUUUGACAUAAAGCGUAUCUACCUACGAUGUAGGAUUGAUAAUGUACACAAAAAUUUGUGUUUACGUAGUAAAUAUAACUGUUGCUCAUUUUUAUUAUUUAUUUAUCGUAGUACUUAGUUUAGACAUAGAAUAAAUAGUUUCUAGGAAUUUUGUACACUCAUUGCCAUAUUUAGGGGUAUACUAAUAAAAAGUAUACUGAAACAUUUAAUUUGAAAAAGGAACGGCUUUAAUCGUCUUUUAAUUUCGAUUAAACGCUCUAGUAGACGUCGCCAGUUGUUUAUAAUAAAGGCUUUAUCAUAAUUC